AUGAAGCUCAGCAACCUCCUUUUCACUCUCACGUUGGCGGCUGGAGUUUCUGCAAGAAAGAAGUUAACUCCUGAACAAGUGGCGGCCGACAUCAAUUCGGAAGAAGCAUUCGGGCUCCCUGGUUACAACGCCUCUCUCGAUUUUGUCCUUGCACGUCUAGGCUGUGGCAAUCACUUUGACAUAACUUUCCAGCCAUUCACACACCUAUUCUCCCAUACUCGAAAGAUCUCUUUGACAGGCCCUGACGGAGAUAAUAUCCAAACCAUCUCGUUGCAGUAUAACCACGCCACCCCUCCCGAGGGAGUCACUGCCCCCUUGGCUCUCGUUCCUAUUGAUGACGAGCGUGGUUCCGGAUGCUUUCAGGAUCAAUGGACUGACAUCGACGUGGAGGGGAAAAUCGCCUUGAUCAAACGUGGAAAAUGCCACUUUGCCGACAAACUCAAGUUUGCCAAGGACAAUGGUGCCUCAGCUGCCAUCAUCUUCAACGAUGAUCCUAAGCAGACUGGAGGAUCAGCUUCUCUCGGUGCAGAGAACUUUGGAAAGCUUGCGCCUGUUGGAGUCGUUAGUUACGAUGAAGGUGCUUCCUGGGUGAAGCGUAUUAACCAAAACGAGACUCUUGAAGUUACCUUGUCCAUCGACGUUUUGACCGAGGAUCGAGAAACUUGGCAGAUCAUUGCCGACACAAAGGAUGGCGAUGCGGACAACAUCAUCAUGCUCGGUGCUCACCUCGACUCUAUUCAAGAAGGCCCCGGCAUUAAUGACAAUGGCAGUGGUGUUGCCGCACUACUCAGCAUCGCCGAAUCCCUCAAAAAGUACAGAGGGCUAAAGAACAAGGUUCGUUUCGCCUUCUGGGGCGCAGAAGAGAGUGGGAUGAUUGGGUCUUUUUACUACACUUCGAACCUCUCCAAGGAAGAGGCGAGCAAGAUCCGAUUCUACUUCAACUACGAUAUGAUUGCCUCUCCACAGCCAUACUACAUAGUGUAUGCCGACUCGGACGCACACAAGGCUGGAGCUCGCUUUCUUUUUGAAUACUUGAGCGAUCAGGGCUACCCUGCCGAGUACACUCCUUUUGGAAGCUCAUCCGACUACAUCGGUUUUCUCGAGCUCGGAAUCCCCUCAUCCGGCAUAUUCACCGGUGCAGGAGCUCCCCAGGAUGCAUGCUAUCACACCUCAUGCGACGACAUUGACAAUAUCAACAAAGAGGCUUUGGUGGUCAACGCCAAGGCAGCUGGCUUUGCUGCUGCAAACCUUGCUCUGAAUGUCGACAAUGUUCCCAGGCACGAAACAACUAGUCCUAACCCCAAGAGCAAGCGUGGUAUGUCGAGAAACAUGGUUAGAUGGGCCAAUGUUGCCAGGGGUGCAGAGAAGGUGCAUAGUUGUGGGAGCGAGAGGAAGGUGUUUAUGUGA